AUGGUUGAAGCUGAAGCUGAUCCAGAGGAUGCUGAAUAUAAUCAAUUUCAUAAUGCAUUUCAUAUAAAUAAAAUGCAACUUGAAACAGAAAAACAAGCAAGAAAUAAUUUAUGUCUAGAAAAAUCUCGUUCAUGGAUAUUUGAAAAUAAUUCUACUCAAAAUGCUAUUGGUCAACCAACAGCUUAUAAAUUAUAUCCAGGUGAUAAUGCUAUACCAUUGAGUUCAAAAAAAGCUUGGUGGCGUAAACGUGCUAGUUUUGUUGAUUAUCAUGUAUGGGUAACACCAUUUGAUGAGAAAGAAAUGUUUGGAUCAGGAAAUUAUCCAAAUCAAAGUCAAAGUGAUAUUGGUUUAUUAAAAUACACUGAACAAGAUCGAUCAAUUGUUGAUAAAGAUAUUGUUCUUUGGUAUACAUUUGGUGUAACACAUAUACCGAGACAAGAAGAUUUUCCUGUUAUGCCUGUUGUUAUAUGUGGAUUUACUCUUAAACCGAAUGGAUUUUUCGAUAUAAAUCCAGCAAGUGAUAUUCCAAAACCGGUUAAAAAAGCUGAUGAAACAUGUUGCAAAAAAUAA